GUUUGAGGAUAACCUCUGUUCUCUUUAUCAGACAUUUCAGUGUGUAUAAAAGCCUGCAAAACUUGAAUGGUUUGUAGCUCAGAGGUGUUUGAAUACUCUUUGUAAAUUUACAGACCUGGACCAUGUUUACAUAUCCUUGUUUGUCUUUUUGUCGUCUGAGUUCUGAGCUGAACCGAUGAUCAGAGCUUCUUACAAUCUGUUUCAGUAGCACCAAGAGAAUAGACGGUUUUUUUUUCCGUAGUCUCAGUUGAAAAUGUUGUGAAUAAGAUUUGGUUUUAGCUUUUUGCUUCAUAACUGAACAUCUUUCAAUGGCAGGGCAGUGCAUGCAAAUCGGGGGUUUGACUCUGGUUCUGAUAGGUGUUUUAGGAGUUUGUUUGACAUGUGGACUACCGAUGUGGCGUCAGACAUCUGUUGUGGGAGCAAAGUCACAGUUGGUGUGGGAUGGUUUAUGGGUAACCUGUAUCCAUCAGGUCACAGGGCAGAAGGAGUGCAGUAGACACACAUCCAGCACCAAGACUGCUGAUAUCCGGGCUGGACGUGCCCUCACACUGAUCUCCAUCUUCAUCAGCGAACUGGGCUUCGUUAUAACGCUCUUUGGAGGAGGCAAAACCAACUGUAGUGAUGCCACACUUCCGACCAACUCUUCAUUCAGAAAAAAGGUGUGUCUACUGGGUGGAGGUCUGUGUGUCUUAGCUGGCGUCCUGUGCCUGGCUUCAGUCAGCUGGUCAGCAGUAGCAACCAUCUCAACCUUCAGAGGCCCCUCAGUGACUGCAACCAUGAAGACAGAGGUGGGCUCCUCCAUCUACAUUGGCUGGGCCUCCUCCAUGCUGCUCUUGCUCGGCGGUGCUGUGAUCUGCUGCGUCUGUGGGGAGAGAAACCAAUCUCCCUACUCCAAUGCUGAAUCCAGCACUAACACUCAAUCGCAUUCGUCUUAUGAAAUACAAUCAGACUUUUCGAGGGUGUUUGACGCAUCAGCCACACAUCACGAGUGCAUAAAUAUUUAUUAUACUGGGCUGUUGGGCAUUAUGCUAAUUUAGGUCCAAGUUUCUGUUGACUAGUUAAAGAAUGAUAACUUUGGAUAGAUCAAUAUUGUUACUCAGGAUGCCUGUUUUACCAGCAGUGGCCCUCUGGGGGUUAUUGCAAAUUCAAGCGGGCUAGAAAACAGAGUUUCUUAAUCUAGCAUAUAGGUUUGAACGGUUUACACAUCAUAAACUUCAAUGAUGAACUGGAACAAGAUGACACAAUGCAUACUAACAUUGGGAAAUAUUAGUAUUUUAGCACCUUUAAAGCUGCUCUUUCAACACAGAUUCAAUAAAAUGGAUUCAGGUUUCAUA